GCAAUACCCAAACUUAGAAUAGGCAAUUCUUCAACCAAAUAGAAGUUGCCACCCCAAUGGCUGACGGCCUUACCGCCACUGACCGCCAACUAAAUAUUUAAAUUUUAUGGAGCUUUCCCCCUACUGCCCCUACUACCCCUACUAAAUAACUUGCUGCGGCAUGGAACUGACGAAUUGUUUUGGAUAGAACUGAUCGGCUUCCUUUAACUCCCUUCUAAUCCAGCUGGUCCCCUCCUUUUCGAAACGUAACCUAAGACAUCCUCCGUCUUCAGUCCCGUAAUCCGCCUCCUUAUAACCGUCAGACCUCCCACUUUCUAGCCAUCCCAACAAUCCAUCUCGCCAAUCAAUCAACCCUCAAAACAUUGCGAUAAAUCUCUAGCCAAAAAUGAAGAAGUUCACGUUCGGAAGGAAGAAGGCGGACGACGACGAUGCGAAUCGUCAGGCCCUCUUCGGGAAGAAGGCCUCCCCGGCGCCUGUGUCCGAAAACCCCUACGCUCAAUCUCAACCCGCUAAUGACCCAUAUAUGAACGACACCAACAAAUAUGCUCCUAUGACGUCUUACCAACAAGUUCGCGCGCGUCUCCCCGAACCCUCAGCCAAUGGUCUACCUGGUAGACCGUCUCCUCAGAAUGGUUUCGCUCCUCCAAUACACUCCAAUACCGGCGAUAGUGGUUACUCCUCGGCAAGUACUGCGAAUCAACACUCCGCCAACGGCUUCGCCAAUGAUAAAUAUGGUGCGGCAUCAGGCUAUGGCGCGAGUAAAUAUAGCAACUCAAACGGUUACGGAGGUGCGCAGGCACGCCCCGGUGGUUACGGCGGACUAAGUAGCACCGAUAGCAAUGAUACGGAUGCCAACAGAGAUGCACUAUUCUCCGGGGUUCGCGAACGUUAUGAUCAGAAACAGACUACCCAGCCAAAUGGAACAUACGGGCAAUCUGGUGCCGAUUCCGGCGUUAGCAAAUACGGUGGUUAUGGAGAACAGCGCGAACUCACGGAAGAAGAGCUGGAAGAAGCAGAAAUUGAUGACAUUAAGCGGCAGAUCAAAGAAGAGAAAUUGGCUACAGCACAAACGGCUGAAAAUGGCGCCCGUGUCGCCUCUCAAGCAGUGAAUGUUGCCAUGCAGACGAUGGCUCGUCUAGGUGCACAGAGCGAGAGCCUCAAUUACACCGAAAGUCUAAUUGAUAGGGGCAGCAUGGCAAGCAGAGAUGCUGAGCAGUCAACGAAGAAGUUGAAGAGUCUAAAUCGUAGCAUGUUUGCUGUCCAUGUGUCAAACCCCUUCACGGCUUCGAAGAGGACAGCAGAGAUGGAGCAGCAAGUCUUAGAGCAGCACCGUGCUGAUCGAGAGUUACGCGAAGCCACUCGCAAAGACGGUUACCAGGGGAAUCAACGCAUGGAAGAGACCUUCAGGAGGAUAGAAGCCAAGGCAAAGACUAAUGGCCUUCAGCAAUCUGCUGCCGAGAAGUCUAAAUAUGCAUUUGAAGAUGACGACGACGAAGAAAACGCUGAAUCGGAACAGAGAAUUCAGAAUGCUGAGGAUAGUAUGUUUAGAGACGUCAGCAAGCUGAAUAUGUUCGCACAUGCGAUGAGCGAUGAAGUUACCAUCCAGAACAAGACCAUUGAUAGGAUCGGCAGUAAGAGCGACCAGCUGAGCGAUCGAACGGUGGUACAUACCCGCAGACUUCAAAGCAUCAGAUAAUUUUGAUUGGGUACUACAUUAAAACAUUAAUGAAGGGGACAAUAGUUCUCUUGGAUAUGGUGGAUAGGUUGUACUACAACAUUCUGAUAGUAUGCGAUAAUUCCCUCGCCUGGAACAAUAGACCUGUUCAAAGUUGACAACCCUGAUCGGAUGGACACCUUGGGAGAAGUAUAAGUAAUGCAUCAUAGUGGUUAGUCGUGUAUGCAGUUAUGUUUCAGAGUUCCCGUCGAGGUUCUUGCUGGAGAUGCAAAGUGGUAUUUGUUCUCAGCCUAGGAUAGUGGCAUUUCAGUAGUGCUUUUUAUUGAAGAUUGUAAGCAUAAAUUAUAUUGAUCUUAUUUUAUAUUCGCGAG